GAAAGGAAGGAAAAGAGUAGGCGGGACCAGCAGGGGGCUACAUUUAUAUCUAUGCCCAGGGCUGGGCGCCUGCUCACCAUGGACACUGCCGGGUACACCAAGUGGGACAGCAGGCUCGAGGAAGUCCCUGGAGGGCACUGGGGACGCUGGGGACGGAGACUCCUCUUCCUGGCCCUGGUGCUGGUGGCAGCCUUAGCCCUGUGGGCCCUCAUUCUGAGCAUCCUAUUUUCUAAGGCCUCCACAGAGCGAGGGGCGCUGUUCGGCCACCAGGACCUGCUGAGGACAAACGCCUCGAAGCAGAAGGCGGCGCUGGGUGUUUUGAACGCGGAGGUCCGAGCCUGCAACAGCUGCUGCUCGGGGACACAGACGCUGCUGGAGAGGGCACGCGCGGAGCUGGGGGAGGCGCAGGCGAAGCUGAUCGAGCAGGAGAGUGCCCUCAAAGAACUGAGCGAUCGCGUGACCCAGAGCUUGGCUGAAGCGGGCAGGGACCGCGAGGACAUCCGCAGUGAGCUCUUCAGGGCUCUGGAGGCCGCCCGGCUGGGGAACAGCUCCUGUGAGGAGUGCCCCGCAUCGUGGCUGCCCUUCCAGGGCUCCUGCUACCUUUUCUCCAUCCUGCGGGCCACGUGGGAGGAGUCGCAGCGCAACUGCGCGGGCUCCGGCGGACAUCUGGUGAUAGUGGGGGACCUGGAGGAGCAGGGCUUCCUGAGUCGGAACACGCGCGGCCGCGGUUACUGGCUGGGCCUGAGGGCCGUGCGCCGCGCGCGCCAGAUCCAGGGCUACCAGUGGGUAGACGGAGUCCCGCUCAGCUUCAGCCACUGGAACCUGGGGGAGCCCAAUGACUCUAUGGGGCGCGAGGACUGCGUGAUGAUGCUACGCACUGGGAUGUGGAACGAUGCACCGUGCGACAACGAGAGGGACAACUGGAUUUGUGAGAAGAGGCGCAGCUGUUGACCCCGCCCCGCGCCCCGCGCGCCCCGCCCACCGCCCGGCGGGCGGUCCCCUGAGCGGUUCACCUUCCCGGCGCCGCCCCGGCCCCGAGAAGCCUUCUCGGCGUCUCCGCGGCUACCGAGAGCCUUCCCGCGCAGUCCUGUCAGGUACAGGCCCUGGGACCUCUGCUCCAGCCUCACCGCCGGCCCUCAGGUGGUCAUAACCGAGCCUCCACCCGACCCAAACCGCGGGCGGCCCACCGUCCCCACCUCCCUCCCCGGCCAAAACCGGGCAACUCCGGACGAGCUGUUUGGUGUUCUUGCAUUUUUUCCCCCCAGACUGGGAAGCCUUACAGACAGGGGUUUUGUGAGCUGUCUUCGCAGCCCUUAGGAAGCAUCAAUAAAUGCUUGAGAAAUGAA